ACUCCGUGAUUGUUGAUCGCGUUAAAGCCCAUUUCGUAUAUAGGAAGUCAAUACAUAAACAAAGCGGAUUCGCAGAAACCACAGGUCUUUCUGAGAACUCCGAACUAUUUGUAAUAGACCAGUUAAUUUUGAGGAUUACUGAAUUGGAUAUUAACAUUGUUUUAACAAAUAUAGAAUGACACGAAGACACAAAACAUGGCGUGGUUAGAGUCCUUGUUUGGCUUCAUACUAAGUAUACUUAUACAUUCCACAGAUACCACGUACUACUGCAGCACAUCACCAGAUCCAUGCACAUCUUCUGACACGUUAUUCGAGUCUUACGCCCGAACCCAGAACUGUCCACAUGACAGUCAAUACUCCCCAUGUGAUAGAUAUAUAACGCCUGGAUGGUACAGAGCAAACGACUCAAUACUGGAUCAGUGUCCCAAUCUCAACAGCUGUGGCGCCAUCUAUCCUGUCUGGCUAAACGAUUCACUGCCCAAUGUUGGGGAUCCUAUUGUCACAAAGACCCUAUGUAAAACCGGGUUCUCAGACUGCUGUGUGGGACAGUACGACAUCCAGAUUAAGAACUGUGGAACGUUUUAUUCUUACUGUCUUCCUGCUUUAGAUGGGUGUCCGGAGAGAGUCUGUUUCGGUACAAACGGAUCAUGUGAAUAUCCUACAACAGCAAAUGUGCAAACAACACAGAUUAAUACAGAACAAGGCCAGGAAAGCAAAGAUUUGGAAACAAAGUACAUAGUUUUGAUUUCGGUAUCGGUGACCAUAUUCAUCUGUGGAGUGUACAUGGUCUUUCUGAAAGCCGCCUUUUAUUUUCUAAAGAUGAAAAAUGUGAAACAAAGGAUAUGUGCAGAUGUUACAGAUCAGAAUGAAAAUCAGAAGAUAGCUGCCGAUACUUUUCCGGGAGAUCCAAGUCAAAAUGUGAUAAAUAAACCAAAUACUCUACAAAAUACUGACUGCAAUAAAACUACACCAGAUGUACAAUUUGAACAUUCCUGAAAACAAUCUAUACAUGCACACGAGUAGAUUACAAAUGACGAAUUACAAAUUAAAAAUAAAAUGCGAUGUAGAAAAUCUUUA